GGUACGUUGGUAGGCGUCGUCGCUCUUUCCAGUCUCAGUCAAUCAAUCAACUCUCUCGUCUCUCUCCACAUCUCGUCCAUCUACAGCUCCCACCGAGCCCACAGCGCGCGUCGGAACCGCUCUACCCACUCUCCAACUACCCCAAUCCCCCGCCUUUCCAAAAUGCAAAUCAAAGCCGUCUUCGGCGGCGCUGCCCUCAACCCGCACGGCGCCUUCAGCACCGACGCCGCCGUCCAGGAAGCCUUCGCGCUCCUCAAGCGCGAAGGCGUCACCACCCUCGACACCGCGCGCCUCUACCCGGGCUCCGAGGAGACCAUCGGCCGCAGCCCCGGCCACGAAUCCUUCAUCAUCGACACCAAGCUCCUCGGCGGUUUCGGCCCGGGCUCCCUCAAAAGAGACGCCGUGCUCGCCGACGCCCAGGACAGCCUGAAACGCUGCCAGAUCGACCAGUUCGACAUCCUGUACCUGCACGCGCCGGACGCAACCGUGCCGAUUGAAGAAACGCUCGAGGCCGUCAAUGAAGUCUACAAGAAAGGACUAUUCAAGCGCUUCGGCCUGAGCAACUACACCGCCGAGCAAGUGCAGGAGGUCUACGAUGUCGCCAAAGCGAAGGGCUAUGUUCUCCCUAGCGUGUAUCAGGGCAACUACUCGCCCGUCGCGCGCCACCUCGAGUUCCUGCUCUUCCCCACCCUGCGCAAGCUAAACAUGGUGUUUUACGCCUACUCGCCCUUAGCUGGCGGCUUCCUGACGAAGACGCCGGCGGACCUCGACGCCGGCGCCGGCCGCUUCAACGCCCAGGCCAUCGGCGGCAUGUACAAGAACCUGUACGACAAGCCCGCGCUGCGCGAGGCGCUCGGCGAGUGGAGCGACAUCGCGGCGAAAGAGGGGACCAGCAAGGCGGAGCUGGCGUACCGCUGGGUGGGGUACAAUUCUGCGAUGAAGGCGGAGCUGGGCGAUGCGGUGAUCUUCGGAGCGAGCAGUCUCAAGCAGAUUGAGCAGACGGUGCAGGGGCUGAAGAAGGGUGGGCUGAGCAAGGAGGCGGCGGAGCGGAUUGAGCAGCUCUGGGAGAAGGUCAAGGAUGUGGCGCCGAUUGAUAAUUGGAAUUCUACUAAGAGGGACUGAGUGGAGGAGGAGUAGGCGAAG